AUGGCGGCCGUGGGCAGCCCCUUGGUCAUGGACCCUACCAGCAUCUGCAGGAAGGCACGGCGGCUAGCAGGGCGGCAGGCUGAGUUGUGCCAGGCCGAGCCGGAAGUUGUGGCCGAGCUAGCGCGGGGCGCCCGGCUAGGGGUUCGAGAAUGCCAGUUCCAGUUCCGCUUCCGCCGCUGGAACUGCUCCAGCCACAGCAAGGCCUUUGGGCGCAUCCUGCAGCAGGACAUCCGGGAGACGGCCUUCGUGUUUGCCAUAACGGCCGCGGGCGCCAGCCACGCGGUCACGCAGGCCUGCUCCAUGGGUGAGCUGCUGCAGUGUGGCUGCCAGGCGCCCCGCGGCCGGGCCCCGCCCCGUCCCCCCGGCCUGCCAGGUACCCCUGGGCCCCCGGGCCCCGCGGGCUCCCCCGACGGCAGUGCCGCCUGGGAGUGGGGAGGCUGCGGCGACGACGUGGACUUCGGGGAUGAGAAGUCGAGGCUCUUUAUGGACGCGCAGCACAAGCGGGGACGCGGAGACAUCCGUGCGUUGGUGCAACUUCACAACAACGAGGCGGGCCGGCUGGCCGUGCGGAGCCACACGCGGACCGAAUGCAAGUGCCAUGGCCUGUCGGGCUCAUGCGCGCUGCGCACCUGCUGGCAGAAGUUGCCCCCGUUCCGCGAGGUGGGCGCGCGGCUGCUCGAGCGCUUCCACGGCGCCUCGCGUGUCAUGGGCACCAACGACGGCAAGGCUCUGCUGCCCGCUGUCCGCACGCUCAAGCCGCCGGGCCGCGCUGACCUACUAUACGCCGCCGACUCGCCCGACUUCUGCGCCCCCAACCGGCGCACCGGUUCGCCGGGCACGCGCGGCCGCGCCUGCAACAGCAGUGCCCCGGACCUCAGCGGCUGCGACCUGCUGUGCUGCGGCCGCGGCCACCGCCAGGAGAGCGUGCAGCUCGAGGAGAACUGUCUGUGCCGCUUCCACUGGUGCUGCGUAGUGCAGUGCCACCGCUGCCGCGUGCGCAAGGAACUCAGCCUCUGCCUCUGACCCGCCGCCCGGCUCCCCAGACUGCGCGCAGAGCCGCCUCUCGGCACCUGCGGGACCUCUGGGCGCCAGCAGGGGGCGUUGCCAGCUUUCCCCUGGGAAAGUCCAUCUCCCAGGCCUCUCUGGAAACUAUGAGGCGGUGGGGCUUGAGAUGUACGCCCGCUCAUCAAGGCCCAGGGCACCGGAGGAGCCUCCAAGGGGCUCUCCCGGAGGCUUCUGGGGGAGACUAUACAAACCUUCUCUCUCCUCGGCCCCCACAUAGAAACCAA